CAACUUUGCAAACCAGCUUCGCCUGUCGUGGGUGAGAGAGAAGUCGAGAGAAUGGAAGGGAAAAUGGCGAAGCCCAUGGCGAUAUCCCUGCUCCUUCACCUCUUCCUCCUCUCAUCGCCGUCCUUUCUCGCCUUCUGCGCUUCCGAAGCUGUCGAUCCCCGGCCGCGGGAGCUCCGAUCUUUCAAGAUCCAAGAGAUCAAGAAGGAGAAGGCCAGGAGUAGCUGUUCCUACACUGUGAAGAUUAAGACCAGCUGCUCUUCCCCUAGCUAUACCAGAGACUGGAUCAGCCUUGCUUUUGGCGACGCAUACCAAAAUCAGGUAUAUGCACCAAGGCUAGAUAAUCCUUCAUCAGGAGCAUUCGAGCGUUGCUCCACCGAUACAUUCAAGAUCCAAGGACCAUGCGGAUAUGGAGUCUGCUACUUGUACUUACGGCGCGAUGGUCAGGAUGGAUGGACUCCCGAGUGGGUGAAGAUCUAUGAGCCUGGUGCUCAAAGUGCCCUCACCUUCUACUAUGGAUCUCGCCUUCCCAAUGGCAUCUGGUAUGGCUUCAACCAUUGCCCCAGCGUGUCAUCGACUCUGACUGAAUGAGCCAGAUCUGACAUGGUAUGCUUAAGAUCGAGUAAAAUAAUUGAGCAAGAAUUGUCUCUGUAGAAAAUUGCUUCCACUGCAUGUUCUCGGUAGGCAUCCUCCACCUUUAUAUCUUAUCGUAGACAGUCAUUCUUGUUAUGUAUGAUCGAUCAUCUCUGGAACAACUCUAUAUUUCACUAUGCUAUUAAAUGUGAUCAAUGGCCAUCUAUCUCAUAA